GUCGACGGAGAAACCUCCUUGUUAUACACCUGAAUACCAUGCAAGUUGGACUGAGCACUAGGCGUUGUGCACCAAUUGGGACUUUGUUUAUAAGGACGAAGUCUUAAUGGAAAUGUACCCUGCACUCAACGGGAUCUUUCAGUUGCCGUCUCACACACAUUGUAUGCUAACUGGUGACUCCUGUGUUUUGUGAAAAUGCAUGUAUUUUGUGCAUCUUGUGUCGCUGCAUCAUCAUGUCAUCGACUCCUCCUCCUCGUCCUCCUCGUCAUGUCAUGCUCCCUGGCUGCCCAAGGCGACUUCUUCCCCAAGAUGCUACGCAUCCGCCCAACCACGACCGGCAGGUCCAAACCGCCGGUUCGCCGGUACUACUUGCCCAACGAGGCACCGGAAGGGAGCUCAACGGAGUCUCCUGGCUCGUUUUAUCGUGUGAUAAGUCCUUGGGACGGCAGAGCGGGGAAGCAACGAGUACAACGGACACAGACCGGUGAGAGCACUAGUGGCGACUCUACGGAUUCCUUUGCUCUCCUAAUGGAGGAGUGGGCAAGUCGUAAUUCCAUCAGCAAAUCUGACGCCCAAGCUUACGUCGCAUCCAUCUAUGGGGGAUCUAUUCAGAAUAAAAGAAAACGAAUGAGUGGCUACAGUGGCACAUCUCAUAAAACAAGGCGUACCGGUUCACGACGGCGUGUUUACUUUCCGGACAGCAGGCAGCAAGUGUUCGAAGCCAUGCCACCAUUCAAGCCUCCUCCCUCUGGUACACUCUUACCAGACUUGUUCUCUAAUCCUAAGGAUGCAGCGGUGUCAUCUCACAAUCGCCCAAACACGUCAUCAUCCGUCAUAGCUCAGCGACCCCCACGGCCAUCUAGUUCCAAUCCUGGAACCGUUCGUAGACCUGGUUCUAAUCCUGGAACCGUUCCUAGACCUGGUUCCAAUCCCGGAACCGUUCGUAGACCUAGUUCCAACCCUGAAACCGUUCCUAGACCUGGUUCUAAUCCUGGAACCGUUCCUAGACCUGGUUCCAAUCUCGGAACCGUUCCUAGACUUGAUGGUAAACCUCGAUCACCAAACAACCAAGAUCCUCGCCGAAGUAGCCAAGUACUCGAUGCCGAAAGUCUUUCAUUUACCGGGGAGGAACCUGGCAUUCCUGGCAUUGAACCGAACGGUGAGCUGGAAGACACGUUGCAAGGGAAGGAAGGUAGCAUGGUGGAAGAUGUAAGACAAUCAGUAUAUGGGUCUCUUGAUGGUGUGUUUGCUGGUAGACCUUAUCCACCCAUUCCACCUAAUGGAUACAAGGGACUCCCAUCUCCAGAAACGGAUAAUUCACAAAUACCAGGCAGUCCUACAACAUUUCAUCCGCGAGACGUCAAGGUGACGAUAGAGACGAGGCGUCUUCAGUUAACAUACAGCGUGAACGCUCCCCCAUAUCUCACCUUCGAGAGUCUACUGUCUCAGCUGGCUACCUUCUUAAUGCCCGGGUUCUGUGUAGACCUAGCUGUAACUCGAAGAGAUGAACAGUGUGACAUCAUUAGCCACAUGGCCGCCCUCAAGACAGACAGGUUGCAGAACUGGCAAAUAGAGAUUACUGACACACGAGGCAAAAUCAUAUGGUUUAACCAGUGUAUGCCGGACUCCCGACUGUUCAUCGUGCCCGGCUUCACGGUUAGUUUCAAGUUCGCGUCGCACCUCCAGCAGCCAGUAGCCAAAUCAACAGCCGAAGCGCAAAGGGUUGACCUAGGUGAACAGGUUUCCCAUCCACCACCCAUACACGCUGAUGACAGUCAACCUCUAACGUCAGCAAGUCUUCAGUAAUCCCAAUCUAAACUUUAUCGCGCCCUCAAAUUUGUUGGGGGUAGCACCAAAUACCUGUUGCAAAGAGUCUACUCCCAAAAUAAUACUGAUGUCGAGCCAUAAUGAAGGCUUUGUACUAAAAUGUACCGCCUUGGACUGAUUGAUACACAAUUUCAGCACGGUCACCCCCGACUCUGUCAAGUUUGACAUUUUGAUCAAGCCUGUGGGCUUUAGUUGGAAAAUUUAUUUAACUUAUAUUUGACAAAAUUGUAUUGAUUAAAAUGGUUUGUUAAUAUUGAAUUGG